UUCGCUAGUUUAUUCUAUUGUAGUAGAAGUGCAGCAGAAUAGCCUACCGAUGUCCGUUGCAUUGACACUUCUACUUCACUUAUGCGUCCAGUCAUACUCAGACCUACCACUAUACUGCCAUGUACAACAAGAUUCUUGUGGCAAUGAUUUUGUUUUACGUUGCCGGUGAAACGAAUACAAUCCGUCGCUGUCUGCCGACACGUCGUCGACACAGAUAUUCGAUGAAGCAUUUUGUCAACACAUCUGAACGCAUAUGGACAGUCAGAGCGUCUAUGCAAACUGCCAUUCGCUGUCAGUUUGAGCAAAUGCGAAUUAUAGACCCCCGAGCAAUUUUCUUCAACAGGACUUUCUUGAUCAGAACACAAAGGGUUAGCAUUCAGCUUCAAGGAGAAUUUGACCCCCGACAUGUAGACCGCAUGGAUGUGAGUGCCCUAGGCAUGCAAGCUGUUUCUCGGGAAAUGUUGGUUUAUGAGGCUCCAAAUUCUUCAUGCGCUGUUUUGGAGCUCCGGCUACUAAGUCGAGAUGCAGCGUGUUAUUAUGAGCUUCGAGUGAAGAACUCUUCUAUUGAAACUGUCAUUCACAGGGAGUGUUGGAGACACUUUCAUAACCUCACAGCUCAAGAAAUAUAUGUUUACACUUCAGAAUGCCAACAUCUUGUUCGUCCACGCAUGUGAAUUUUGAUUCUUUCAGAUGAAACGU